AUGUCGACAUUCUACGACGAAGAGAAGGCCGGAAGGCUACACCCUGACGAGAAGGAUGUGAAUGUUGACGUCGGUAGUGCUCAGGGUUCCACCGAGGUUGUCAACGAGGUGCCUGAACCUCAGGGUGGCAUCUUGGGUACGCUAUGUGGUUGGGAAGCUACCCUGGAUCGCAAGCUGGGUAUCGAGUCUCAGGCUAUCCGUCGCAAGUUGCCCGAGGAGAAGGUCCCUCAAAAAUGGCACAACCAGGCAGUCAUGGCCCUGCUGUGGAGUGGUGGUAUCAUGAACUUGUCUUGCAUGUCGACCGGUUUCCUUGGUCCUACCUGGCAUCUCACACUUGGUCAGAGCAUUUGCAUCACCAUCUUUGGUACCCUCUUGGGAGCCAGUGUUGCUGGUUGGUGUGCUACCCUCGGUCCAGGAACCGGUCUUCGAUCAAUGUCCAUCACUCGCUACAGUUUCGGCUGGUACCCUACCAAGCUUAUUGCUGUCCUCAACAUCAUCUCCCAAGCUGGUUGGAGUGCUGUUGGUUGUAUCACUGGUGGUCUCGCUCUUACUGCUGUAUCUGAUGGCAAAGUCUCUUCCGCUCUUGGUUGCGUCAUCAUUGCUCUCGGUAGCAGUAUCAUCAACUUCUGCGGUCUCAAGGCCAUUCUCUACUACGAGAAGUACGCCUGGCUGGUCUUCUUCAUCGUUUUCAUGAUCAUGUACGGUAUGGCCGCUCCUCAUGCUGUCAACAUCGUGGAUACUCAACUUCAUGGUGCCAACCUUGCUGGAAACGUCCUCUCCCUGCUCUCCGUUGUCUACGGUAGUUCUUGCUCCUGGGCCACCAUCGCCGCCGAUUACUACGUCCACUACCCCAUCAACACCUCCAAGGUCAAGGUUUUCGUCCUCUGCACUCUUGGUAUCAGCAUCCCCACCUGUAUUGGUAUGGUUCUUGGCUGCUGUGUUGGAACCGCCAUGCAAGUCAACCAGGAUUGGCGCGAUACCUACACCGAUGAUGGUCUCGGUUACCUCAUCCAGAAGAUGCUCUUCCCUCGCGGUUUCGCCAAGUUUAUUCUUGUCCUGCUCGUUCUCAGUGCCGUCGGCAUGAACGCUCUCAACCUCUACUCUUGCGCUCUGUCUAUUCAGCAAUUCGCUCGUCCUCUGGCCAAGGUUCCUCGUACUUUCUGGGUUCUUAUCGUCUUUGGUGCCGUCACUGCCAUUGCCGUUGCUGGUCGCGAUCACUUGCUCGAAUACCUGGAGAACUUCCUCUCUCUUCUUGGUUAUUGGGGUACUUCUUACUUCGUCAUCGUCUUUGUUGAACACUACUGGUUCCGCAAGGGAGAUUUCGCCAACUACGAUCUCGAUGGCUGGAACACUCCCUCGAGACUUCCCAUCGGUCUCGCUGGUCUCACUGCUUUCCUCAUCGGUGUUAUUGGUUGGUGUCUUGGUAUGGUCGAGACUUGGUUCACCGGCCCUCUUGCCAUCCAGAUUGGCGAGGGUGGUGGUGAUAUUGCCAAUGAGCUCACCUUUGCAUUCACCCUCCUCGCCUACAUCCCUCUCCGUCACCUUGAGUUGCACUUCUUCAAGCGAUGA